AUGGCCAGCGGGAGCAAGAUGGGCAUCCGUCCUCGCAGCCCCAGCCCCUGCUCUGGUCUUUGCGCAGAAGCCCAGGGCGGGGGACCCAGCAGUCCCAAGCGCCCGCGACUGGACCAGCCCGGACCUGUCGCCAGCCCGGAAGCGGAGCCCGAGGGGCCCCGGAGCCCAGGCGAGGGGCCCGCGGAAGCCGAAGCCCAGAGCGGCUUCACGUGCCUGGUGAGCCUGGCCCCCGGCUGCGCCCUCAAGCUGCCCCUGAGCCACGCGGAUGUGCGGCUGGAGCCCAGGCCCGCCGCCCUGCUCACGGUGAACCUCCCGCACCAGACGCUCUUCCUGGUCCCCGACGACCUCGUGGUCCGCCUGGAUCCGCACGCGGCGCAGCGGGGCGACCGAGCCCGCGGCCUGCUGCUCAAGGUGCGGAGGGACGCCGUGUGGGAGGACAUCAGCAUCCGGGAGGAGGUGUGCUGCGAGGCGGGCCCCGAGCUCCCCGUCCCGGAGGACGCCCGCGGCGCCCCCGACUCCCACCCCGACUUCAUGGAGAUCUCGUGGUCCAGACCCCAGCGGGGGCCCGUCGAGCUCAGCGCCCCUGCGGACGGUGGCCACGCCGAGGCCAUCGAGAUCAUGGAGGAUUUCCGGCUGUCGGGCUCAGUCCCGGACUCCCCGCUGCAGCCUCUGCCUCGCUUUCCUAGUCCCACCUGCAGUCCGCAGCUGAGCCCCCGGCGCCCUAGGGACCUCCCGUGCCGCAGCCGCAGACGCCUGUUCCCAGACGCCUGA